AUGUAUAAGAAACGAUAUCCAUGUCCAGAUUUUUCGGACGUAAUAGGUAAGAUGAUUUUUACUCAUGCAGAACUAGAUUUAAGUCUCUUCAGACGUCCCGUCGUGUUCUCGGUUAGAAGGAAAUUUGGUUUUCGUUAACGAUGAAGUUUCUACGGAAAUUGAAAAUUCGGCUGAGAAACUUGGUUUGUGCAAAAAAUAGUUUUUGUUGUUUCUUCCAUCAUAGACAGUAAAAAAUGCUCCGCUAAAGUCAUUUCUUACCAGCGACGGGCCGAGCUCACGCUUGGAAGCGGCUUCACCGCUUUUUUGAUUCUCAUAACCGUUCGAACGUUCACGUGUUUAUUUCUCAAUUUCUCCGUCACAAUUGUUUUCGUUUUAGAAAUGAAACGUGUCCGGUAAAACGGAGAAAGAAAGAAAGAAAGGAAGAAAGUUACGGACAGACCCCGUAAGCUUUUUAUUAAAUAAUCAGGACUUCUGAAACCUGGCCCCCUGCGCGGGUGUACACUAAUUUCUAAAGUGUCUAUUUUCUUACAUGAAGCGACGCGGAAAUGAGGGAAAGUUAAUACAAUGAAACGCAACGCGUGCACUGUUUCUUUCCAUUUUUUGACAUCGCUGAAUAACCUCAUAAUUGCAGGCCUCAUUCAUCCGUCUCUGUGGCGUGUCUAUUGCUUCAAGGAACGUCCCGGUUUAUAUAUUCUACCAGGCUUACUGCAGAGGAAAUGCUCUGCUGAGUGGCUGGCACGUACCAUUAAAUAUUCUAGAAUUCCGAACACAACUAAUUUAGCUCUUCAUGGAAUGGAUAUCACAAGGUUCGGUGUUCGUUCUUUAAAAAAAUUUGACAUAAAAAAGCUGAAUAAACCCGUAAUGUGCAAGAAAUUUCGGGAGUUAAGUUAUGUUUACGUGUUUUUUUUCAACUUCAACAGACACAAAACGUUUUGAGCGUUGGAUCCUGCUUCUAUAAUAAUGAUUAUAAAUUUGCAGUGACGAUCCAUUGAAAGAAGUCCCUUUACUGAACAAAAAAUUACGCUGGACAACACUUGGAUUAGAAUAUGAUUGGAACACGAAGAAAUAUCCAUUACACGGUGGGAAACUACCAGAUGAGUUGACCGAACUGGCAACAGUAAGAACUUUUUAUAAGUAUUGCUCACAUUGAGAGAUUUAACAUUUCCAGCUCAUUUCUCUCUCCCUAAAUCUGGGCCAAAUGCGACCUGACGCUGCAAUAAUUAACUAUUAUCCGCCAAACUCAACAUUGUCUCCACAUGUGGACAGGAAAGUUAGCUGAAGCAAUUUAGCACUUGUCUGUGCCGGAGAAAUUGAGAAAUGAGCACGUGAACUUUCAAACAGUUAUGGGGUUAUUCAGGCUUUGAAAAAAAUAAUUUUUUUUUUCGUUUUUUACGUCAAAAAACCCAAUUCCUCAGGUAAAUCGUUUGUAAUCUAGCUAGCUAAUUCGCGUUUCUAACUGGACCUAAUUAGAUUGCUAAUUUACUGCGAUUAGAUUGCAAAUUCUUCUAACUCUACUGAUAAAUUUUUCUAAUUAGAUUGGCGAAGCUAAUUAGAUUGCAAAAACACUGAUAUUAGAUUCAAAAUUUAACUAAUUAGAUUAAAAAUUCGGCCAAACCUAGCUAGAUUAUGUUUAGAUUGCAAAAUCAGCUAGCUACGAUUUGCCUGACUGUGAGCCAGCGAUUUAAAAAAACGAAAAACAGACAUACGCUGAAUAGCCCCAUUAUGAGAAAGAAAAAAACAAGCCGCUUCCGAGCGUAAGCUCGGCCCGCGCAGCCCGCCCAGGUUUCAAAAAGUUUUGUGAUUAAAUAAGAAUGAUGAUGAUACAAAUGACAGAAAUUAUAUACUUUCAGGUCCGAACGAUCCUCUGCGCCAUUGAUUUCAAUGUCAUUGGGGCAGCCGGCAGUUUACCUAACAGGAGGUACCAGCUUGUCAGAGAUACCGUUACCACUUUGGCUUCGUAA